AUGGACAACGUUCAGCACAGUGUCUCCGAAUCGACACCGCUCCUACAGCCCGACCUCAAUGGUAGCGCCCUAACUAGAAGCCCUCCCGCAAAGGACAGGGUCAUUCAGUGGCGGACGGCAUGGCAGUGUCACUUUUCCCAGUGGUCAGCCCUCUACAUCUGCAGUCUGUUCAUCCUGCUUGUCGACGUCCCCAACUUUCUAAGCGAAGUCCCCAAGCUGCGUAUGCUCGAGCUUGGUCUCUGCCGCGAUUACUACGCUGCCACUGACCCAAGUGUCAUCGGCCACGAUGGCUCCAUUCCUGAGCAUCUUUGCAAGGUCCAUGAAAUUCAAAGUGCUCUGGCAAAGAUGAGAGGUAUUCUCGGCAUGAUUGAGGGUAUCCCUGGUCUCAUACUCGCUAUCCCCUAUGGUGUCCUGGCCGAUAGUAAGGGCCGCCGGUUGGUAACAGGUCUCAGUCUACUGGGCUUUGUCCUCAGAGACAUCUGGGCUUUUAGUGUACUUUAUUUUCACCAAGUAUUUCCUGUCCGUGCUGUCUAUGCUGCACCGGCUUUCUUGGUACUGGGAGGAGGUUCUACUGUUAUCAGUCCUAUGAUCAUGGCCAUCAUUGCUGCUGCAAUUCCGGAAGCAUCAAGAACAAGGGCUUUCUUCUGGGUGCAGGUUGUCCUUCUCAUCACUGAGCUAAUUGCGCCACCACUUGGUGCAAUUCUCAUGAAGGCACUGGGGCCGCAUUUUGCUUUCCUCACAGCCGUUCCACUUGAAGCUCUGGCGUUUGUGGUGCUCGGAUUUAUCCCCAACACAAAGUCCUCAGAUAGUGCCCCAAGUGACAUAGAGGUCACGGAGGGAGAGGAAGCCCCAUCAGCCAAUGACGUAUGUGAGGAAACCAUGAACGAUGAAAACCCUUCAAAGAACAAGGUUCUGCAGGCUCUAACACACCUUUCACACGAUGUUCGUCAUGGCGCUCCACUGGUCGUUGCAAAGAUGGCUCGGCCCAUGCUAGAACUCAUCUUGCAAUACAUGUCUGUGAGAUUUGGAUGGCCACUAGCCAAGACGGCGUUGUUGCUCUCUAUCCAAGCCGCCGCCCAGAUUCUACUCUUCGCUGGAGUCCUACCGCAAGUCAAUGUCUGGCUCAUCAGCAGAAUGAAGACAUCUUCUGCUGCGAAUCUCGCUCUGACUCGAGUGUCAAUCAUCAUCCUUGCCGUUGGUUCGCUCUGCAUGGGUAUUGCCACUGCUGUUCCGGCGUUUAUAAUUGCCUUCUUUGGCUACACGCUUGGCAAUGGCUUUUCAUCUGCGCUACGAUCUCUCCUAACAACCAUGGUACAUCCCGAUCAUCUGUCACUCUUAUUCACUGCAAUCGCCGUGUUCGAGGGUAUCUCAACUAUUGGCGCCUCACCACUCCUUGGACUGUCAUUUUCAGUCGGCUUGGACAUUGGGGGUAUGGCUGUGAGCCUGCCAUUCUUUGUUGCUUCCGUUCUCUAUACUCUUGCUGCGGUGCUACUUGUUAGUGGCAUGUCUACAGAGUCUUGCUCAACCGAAGCAUAG